AUGACCAGUAGCAGCAGCUCUACUUUCGAGGUCAACGAAAGAGGGCCUCCAGGCACCGGCGGCAAGAAUGACCAGGUCCGCAUAGAUACAGGAGCCAUCAUCCAACUGGACGCCCGUACAACGUACUGGUCCGGUACCCGAUCUGGCAGAUUCAGUGUAGAGAGCCUUUCGCACCCUGCAGUCUGGUUUGAUCUUAUCACAAUCUCUAUUCUGACUGCGUAUUUGACGCACGCCUCAGCAUUUACCCAGCCACAUCUUUCAUUCAUAUACCCAAUGUCUCCACUCACCCCGGUGGAGACAAUCGAUUCUCGGAUUGCCUGUCGAUCAGGCAAUUCUUUCAGGCUCUCCACAUCGAACGAAUAA